CCGGGGAAGAUGGCGGCGGGCGCGCGGGGAGCCAGGCCUGGCGCCGCGGUGACAGCGCUCCUGGCUGCCUGGCUGGCGCUGGCGCUGGGCCCCGCCGCCGCCUCCCGCCCCUCCGAGGUGGGCAGCCCCGGCGAGCAGCGGGGCCAUUGCGUGCAGGUCCUGAGCGCCGCCAACUGGAGCCUGGUGCUGCAGGGCCAGUGGAUGGUGCAAUUUUAUGCCCCUUGGUGUCCAGCCUGCCAACAGAUUGAAGCAGCAUGGGAGAAUUUUGCAAAAGAAAGUGAACAUCUAGAGAUCACUGUAGGAAAAGUGGACGUCACUCAAGAACCAGGUUUGAGUGGCCGUUUUUUUGUCACCACACUUCCUACUAUUUACCAUGCGAUGGAUGGAGUAUUUCGCAGAUAUCGUGGCUCAAGGACGUCGGAAGACCUUCAAGGCUAUAUCCUAGAGAGAAAAUGGGAAGCUGUAGAACCCGUAGCUGGAUGGAAAUCCCCAUCUUCUAUAAUGAUGCAUGGAAUGGCAGGUCUUUUUCAUUUCUCUGGAUGGAUCAGGCAAAUUCACAGCUACUUCACAGGCACUCUUGGAAUUCAUGUCUGGGGUUCUUAUGCAAUCUUCAUUUUAUCCACCCUGUUGAUUGGCCUGAUCCUGGGUUUGAUAUUGGUUUUGAUUGCAGACUGCCUUUGCCCUUCCAAGCCUAGGUACAGAGAAGAAGCAUCCGUAGAGUUGAUUGAAAAGGAGAAUGCAGAGCUUACAGCAGUAGAAGAGGUGGAAGAAGCUGAAGAGUUUUCAGCAAAUGAGUUAGAAGAGGCUGCAGAGGAAAAGAAGGACAUUUCAGAUGGGGAAGAUGGAGCCAAAUCAAGUGAAGAGGCCAAUUCAAGUGAGGAAGGCACAGAAGAGGAGGACUCUGCUGUUGAUGAAGGAUCAGGGACAGAAGAGACAGAAGACAUCUGUGAACAACAUCCAACUGAUUCGGAGACCCAAAGCUCAGUAAGGCAACGUAAAAGCCAGGUGGCUGACAAUGGACUAUAGUUUCCUUGGUGUUUUCCAUAAACUCGGACCAAAGAAAUAUCUGGGGCCCUUUUGGUCUGCAGCUGAUGCCAAACACUUGAUUUGUAAUUUGUGUUUACGUAAAGCAAAACCUCUGCUCUGCAUCAGUUGGCUUCUUUCUUUUUUCUAAGCCAAUAUUUGCUCAUAGACUCUCAUUUUUAUAAGCACGCCUUUAUAUAUUCAGUUAGCCAUGACAAUCAAAAUCAUAAGUAUGAUUUGAUCUGCUUAGAGACUUAGGGGGUGGGGGACAUGACCACUGGGAUGAAAGACUUGGUAAUGAGAUGCUUGUUCAUGCUUGUGCUCCUUUAUAGACACUGCUCUAAGCAAGAUGAGGCAAGAGAAUUUGAAUUCACAAACCUACAUUAACGAGAAGUAGCUCAGCAGGAAUCUUGACUUCCUUUUCUUUCUGUCUGAAUAUGUUCCUUAAAUGCCAUAAUAACAUCAGGCACAUCAUAAAACAGCAGACAGAGGCACCUUAAUUGUCUUCCAUUAAAACAACUUUGUGUUUGAUGAUUUUGCGUUCAUCAACUCAACUGAAGCACCUUCAUUAUGUUGCUUUUUUUUCUCAUUUUUUUUUCUGCUGAAUAGUUAUUUUGAAACUAUACCAUAAUAUUAUAACAGUGACUAGUUUUAUUCUAUGCUUGAGGAGCACCCAAAGCGUCUCAACUGUUGAUUAUUCAAAGGUAUAGUGCACAAGUCAGGCUUAUAUCAGCUGGUGAUUUUAAUCAUUUUAAGGGGUUUAGAUCAUCAAAAACUGUCGGCUAUGGAACAUAAACAACUAGAUGCUUAAAAUGACAUGUUUGAACCUUGGCAGUUGGAAGGGAAAUGGUUUAGUGAGAGCAAGGAAUUUUUGCCGAAGUGUAACCUUUUUCCUUUAAGAUGUUGCAGUGAGAAGUAUUUGUGUCUAAGACAGUAAAUGCCAUAUUUCUUACCAAUACAAGCUAGUCAUAUACAGAGAACUUCAGUUUUCUUUUGCUGUUUGCAGCCCAGAGUAGUUGGCAGUGAGAACUGCUUUAGUAAUAUUAACUGAAAAACCACUUAUGGUUUCACCUCUAGUGUGCUGGCUUUAAUGACGGAAGUAGUGGGGAAAAAAAAACAUCAGGAAAUUAAAGAAAUAGUUUUUGGUUACACAGCUGUCUUUUGUCUACAUAGAUAUGCAUCUUUCAAAUUGCACAAAGUGGAAAUGGCUCAUUAGCUAAUCUGCUGGCAACACCUCAUGCUGUCAAGUUUAUUCAAGAAGUCUGCAUUUUAUUCAUUCUAGUUGGCAUGACUUAUAUUAAGAAUUUUUUUUAAUAACCAUAUCCCAUUAAGUGAAUGAAUAUCUGAAGGAUAAUCCUGUACAUUCCCACUUUGGCAGCAUGCUGAUCCAGAUUGCACAAUAAGAAGCAGAAAGGUGGUUUCCAUCUUUUUUUAUUGCAUAUUUAAUUACCAUAUUGCAUAAACCCAGCCGUCUAGCAUUAGUCUCUUCAUUUCCUUUUGUGAGAAAAGGAGUAUUCUGUGAGAUUAAUAUGGUUGCCCCCUUGUGUUAGAAAAGGGAUAUUACCAGUGCACAAAGGUGAUUUCUUGGAGACAAAAAGAACAGGAGUACUUGUGGCACCUUAA